UCCGCCGGGGCCGCGGCGAGCGGCGGCUGUCGGCGGGCAAAGGCUAAUGGGGGCUCCUGGGCCGGAGCGGCGGCCGCAGAGCCGCGCUUCGGGCCGGAGGCUGCCUUGAGUCUUCCCCGAGGGGGUCUCCCGGAGGAAAGGGGUCGGUGGGGAGCGGCAGAAACUCCCCGUUCAGCUCGGCUGCCUCCGUCAGCGCGGCUGGGAGCCGUGCCCCGACAUGCUGCCCGCCUCCCUUGGGCGGGCGGGGCAGCGCGGCGGGCGGCUGCGGGCCUCCCUGGGGGGCUGGCUGCUUGCUCCCCCCGGCUGGACGCUGCCGGGGCCGGGGCCGGGGCCCUGCCCCUGCCUGAGGUGGUGGCACCAGCCCCCGGGCCGCAGGGAGCCCGCUGCGCUCCUCCGGCUCGCCCGGCAGAGGAUCGGGACGCAGGCGGGGGGGCUUGGAGCUGAGAAACCUGGCGAUGGUAGCAAACAGGUGUCCGUGCAGAGGGGCCGGAAAGAAGAAACUCUGCUGUCGGCUGCUCAGAAAGUGAAAGAAGCUGGAAGAGACUUUACCUACUUUAUUGUGGUGCUUGUUGGAAUUGGUGUUACAGGUGGUUUGUUCUAUGUGAUUUUUAAAGAGCUAUUCUCUUCUUCUAGUCCAAGUAAAAUCUAUGGAGAUGCCUUGGAGAAAUGCAGAUCUCAUCCUGAGAUCAUGGCUGUUUUUGGUGAAUCUAUUAAAGGUUAUGGGGAGGCCACAAGAAGAGGAAGACGACAGUUUGUCAGUCACUUUGAAUACGUAAAGGAUGGACUGAAACAUAUGCGUUUGAAGUUCUAUAUUGAAGGCACUGAAUCAGGGAAACGGGGAACAGUCCAUGUGGAAGUCAAAGAGAAUCCUGAGAGAGGAAGAUUUGAGGUCCGCUACAUAAUUGUGGACAUUGACACCUAUCCUAGAAGAACCAUUGUCGUAGAAGACAACAGAUAGCCAAUCAUCAAAGCUUGCACCUCAACUCAUUGAGUAUUGGAUGACACUGGUGUAGCCAGUUUACACAUGAAUUAUUGGGUGUUCUUGAGCGCAUCUUGCAGCUUUGGGAUUGUCUUACAGGAUACAGCCUCUCGGGGCCUCCGUUAAGGUCUUUGAUAAUAACAGAUACAGGAUUUGAAAUUAAGCCAAUGAAAAAUAGCAGAGCCAUCACUUAUGGCAUAUACUUUUGACAUGGGAGAAUAAUGGCUCAUGAUAAAGGGUUUAAUGCUGGAUAAUACUUCUAUGCACUCAAACCCCGCGUCUUCCAAGAUUUUAGAAUUGGACGGGGAGUUUUUUUAUCUUCCUUUGCUUGGAUUUCCAACUAAGACUUCAAUAAAGUGGUAUUUUAAGUGUAGACAAA